AUGCGUGUUUCUUUCUCUCUCCCCGUGGUAGCACUAGGCCUCGUGGGCUCAGCAGUUGCUUAUCCAUACGACUCGAAGCCUCUGUUCCGUCGCGACUCAGAGAAUCAGGAUAAGGCCAACGCGGUCAAGGAGGCCUUCCAGCAUGCGUGGGAUGGUUAUGUAAAAUAUGCCUUCCCGCAUGAUGAGCUACACCCAGUGAGCAAUGGUUAUGGUGAUUCGAGGAAUGGAUGGGGCGCGUCUGCCGUCGAUGCACUCUCAACUGCAAUUAUCAUGGGCAACAAGGAUGCUGUCCAGACAAUUCUAGACCAUAUCGACACAAUUGACUUCACAAAGACAAAAAAUGAAGUCAGUCUGUUCGAAACCACCAUUCGCUAUCUGGCUGGCAUGUUGUCAGGCUAUGAUUUGCUCAAGGGUCCUGCCGUUGACCUGGGCCUCAAAUCGAGCCAAGUUGACAACUUGCUUACCCAGUCAAAGAAUCUCGCCGAUGUCUUGAAAUUUGCAUUUGACACACCGUCCGGUGUUCCCUACAAUAACCUUAACAUCGCGAACAAGGGAAAUGACGGUGCGAAGACCAAUGGUCUGGCUGUGACUGGAACCCUAGCCUUGGAGUGGACGCACUUGUCAGACCUGACUGGUGAUGAUGAAUAUGCCAACCUGAGCCGAAAGGCCGAGUCUUAUCUUCUGAAUCCUCAACCGUCAACUGCAGAGCCAUUCCCUGGCUUGGUGGGAAGCUACAUCAACAUCUCCAAUGGACAUUUCACUGAUGGUAUUGUAUCCUGGAACGGUGGUGAUGACUCGUUCUAUGAGUACCUUAUCAAAAUGUACGUGUACGACCCCAAGCGCUUCGAGAAGUACAAGGACCGCUGGGUCCUUGCAGCCGAGUCAACAAUCAAGCACUUGGCAUCGCACCCCGCAACCCGCCCUGAAUUGACCUUCCUGGCUUCAUACAACAAUGGUAACUACGACUUGAACUCCCAACACUUGACCUGCUUCGACGGCGGCAGCUUCCUGCUGGGUGGCACAGUACUUGAUCGCCAAGACUUCAUCGACUUUGGUUUGAAGCUCGUACACGGCUGCGAAGCAACCUAUAAUCAGACAUUGACCGGAAUUGGACCCGACGCCUGGGGUUGGGACCCCAAGAGGGUGCCGAGCGACCAAAAGGCGUUCUACGAAAAGGCCGGAUUCUAUAUUAAUAGCGGCGCAUAUGACUUGCGCCCGGAAGUUCUGGAGAGCUUCUACUAUGCGUAUCGCAUCACAGGAAAUGAGAUCUACCGCGACUGGGUCUGGAACGGCUUCAAGGCUAUCAAUGCCACUUGCCGUACAGGCUCGGGCUUCGAUGCCAUGAGUGAUGUAAACAAACUCGGCGGUGGCUCGCAUUACGACAACCAAGAAAGCUUCCUUUUCGCUGAAGUCAUGAAGUAUGCCUACCUUGUACAUGCAGAUGAUGCCCCAUGGCAAGUUCAGAAGGGUGCUAAAAACGCCUUUGUGUUCAAUACAGAGGCCCAUCCUAUCAAAGUGUCUCACACCUAG